UCUCUCUGUCCAGAGUAAACAGUAGGAGUGGACAUGGCGGCCGUGCUGAUGAGGUUCGUGCCCUGCUCUCUCGGACCCGCUGUGGCUCAGCGGUCUCUCUCCUUCAGCUCCAGUGCUGCGGUCAGAGCAGUCAGCUUGUCCACCACGAAGCCUCUUCCAGAAAGGGUGAAGAUAGUGGAAGUGGGACCCAGAGAUGGACUUCAGAACGAGAAGACCAUCGUCCCGGCUGAAGUGAAGAUCCGUCUGAUAGACAUGUUGUCUGAGGCAGGACUUCCUGUCAUCGAGGCCACCAGCUUUGUCUCUCCUAAAUGGGUCCCUCAGAUGGCUGACCAAGAGGAAGUGAUGCAAGGCAUUCACAGGAAGCCUGGGGUUAACUACCCAGUACUGACCCCCAACCUGAAGGGCUACAGAGCUGCUGUGACUGCUGGGGCAAAGGAAGUAGCCAUAUUUGGUGCUGCCUCUGAGCUUUUCAGUCAGAAGAACAUUAACUGCUCAGUGGAGGAGAGUCUGCAGCGGUUUGAGGAGGUGAUGAAAGCAGCCAAACAAGAGGGAAUACCUGUGAGGGGGUACGUAUCUUGCGUUCUAGGAUGCCCAUAUGAAGGCAAGGUAUCCCCUGUGAAAGUGGCAGAGGUUGCGAAGCGACUGUACUCCAUGGGUUGCUAUGAGAUCUCCCUGGGUGACACCAUCGGUGUGGGCACUCCGGGCGGCAUGGCUGAGAUGCUGGAGGCAGUGAAGAAGGAGGUGCCCGUCCACGCCCUGGCCGUGCACUGCCACGACACUUACGGCCAGGCGCUCGCUAACAUCUUGGUAGCCCUGCAGAACGGUGUAAGUGUCGUGGACUCCUCGGUGGCUGGAUUAGGUGGCUGUCCCUAUGCCCAGGGGGCUUCUGGGAACGUGGCUACAGAAGAUGUAGUAUAUAUGCUAAAUGGACUAGGCAUUCACACGGGAGUGGAUCUACCCAAACUGAUGGACGCUGGCUCGUAUAUCUGCCGUUCCCUCAACAGAAGGACCAGUUCCAAAGUAGCACAAGCCACCUGUAAACUGUGAUUUGCAAUACAAAUGGUGUGUUUUGACUGUCUUCAUCUCUGCAUCUCUCUCUCUCUCUCGUUUCCUAUUGAUCUCAGCCCUAGUCUUUCUCAGUGUGCUGUGCGGGAAAGAACAGUAAUAGCUGACGGGCCUACAGAGACAACACUAAGGCACAUAUGCGACAUGAUAUGCUUUGUUCUGAAUGUUGCGUCCACCCCACGUUCCUUCCAGCUGCGGAAUGUGUUUCCUGACUUUCCUUCUCAUCUCAUAAUGGAAGGAAGCCGUAUGAAUCAGCUGGUUUGCCGUUUGGCUUUGGCAGUGCGCCCACAGAUGCUGUGGCAUUGGAGGCCCUUCUGAUGAAUUAGCCUGUAAUUAUAUACACAGAGACACACACUCUCCAUCUCUGUUUGUCAGGAAGGAGUGUAUGAAGACUGUUUCUUGUCUUAAUCGCUCAGGCCUGGCAAGCUGUGUGUGCACGUCUGGCAGUGAGAGACUGUCUCGUGUGAAUAUACAGAAGCUGAAAUCUAAACCCUUUAUUCCAGUGCCUUGUUUUCAGGUCAGGGAAACGGCCUCAUGUGCCAAGUUCUCCUUUGACUGAUCCCUUGGGUUUCUCUGCCAAAGUUAAAAAUUGUGCUUUGGAGCUGGAAGGUUCAAACAACACCCAUAGCACGUGGAACAGGAGCUGUACAGCUGCGAAAGCAUUGCAAGAGUCAAAAAGGAAAGUCCUUAUAGCAAUGUCUGUCCACCCUACAGUCAUCUUGGCAAUGCCUCCAGACAGUUAUUCCCAGUCAUAUAAGACCAGGUUCCUAUCUCUAUCUUACAAACUGAAAAUAACCGUUUGAAAAACGUACUUGAAAUCACUCAUAAAAUAGUAUAAAUAGUUUAUAGUGUUUGGCUCAAUAAUGCACAAAAAAACAUAUUUUUCCAGGUAAAUGCUUUAUGUUUAGGUUCAGGUUGGCUGCUGCACUUAGGCCGAUCUCUGCCACGUAAUCGCUUGUGGUAUAACCAGCAAGCUGAUUGGCUCUUUUCAUUAAAGAACGAGACUUUCUCUGUAACACGCCAUGUUGAGUGCUAUGAGCUCUCCCUUUCAUUUUCCAACCAGUGACCUUUCUCCCUCUUUAGAACAUUUCUCCUUUGUAACCCAGAUUUGAGACGAGCUUGGACAAAGGAAUUCAAGACCAAGUUAGGGCUGCACAAUAUGUUGUUCCUUAAUCGUUAUCGUGAUGUUGGCCUUCGCAAUACUGACGUAUGCGAAGAGCCUCUAACAAAUUCCUGAAUGUUUGAUUGUGGCUGUGAAAAAAACUGACCAAUAGACCCUUUUCACAUUUGGACAUUAGCAGAAUAUUAGCAGAAGUCCUCAUAGUAGGGAAAACAUUACAGUGGUGGCAGCAUUUACAAAUGAGGACAGUAGAGGACACAUUUUUCCACCUUCAUGAAAGUAAUUACCUAAUUUUUCCCAUGGAAAAUGUUCGCUUGGUGGAACGAACAUUGGUAGAUGUUGCAAGUAUACGCAACAAGGUCAGCUAACAUUACCUGUUUAAAGUUAGUUACUAGAAUGUAGUCAAUGUUGUGCAGGUUGAAAGUUAACAUAGUCCGUUGUACCUCACUGCCAGUGUAAUUUGACUUUAAGUUUUUACUUUUUAACCUGUCUAAUGUUUGUUUUGUAGUGUUGUAAAUAGCCAGGUCAUUGUCAGAGCUUGGGGCCACAGAUCAGUUAGGAAGAAAAUAUUACAAAAUUUACAACCACAGUUAGCAAACAGGAACAUGAAGUUAAAGGAACAUCUUCGCAUCUUAUGAGCUUCUAAUAAACCUCAAGCUUGUAGCUCAGCUCACUUCUUUAUUCAUAUGUAGCACCUAGCUGUGACUACAUCCUGGCCGUUAGCAACCCUGGCUUAAAACAAAACAACAUUAACAUUAAACAUGGUAAAAUCUAAAAGACAUAAGGUUAAAUCACGGGGGUUGUGCAAUAUGACAAUAUUUAUUACCGUUAUUGUGAUAAAUUACAUCACAAUAUGCCGCAAUAGACUACACUAAGCGUAUCAUGGGUAUCAUCAGCACUUAAAAACACUUCCUAACUGCAUGUUUGAUUACAAAGAGAGCAUAAUUAGUCCUAUUUUAUUGGUUAUAGUGCAGCACAGUGUGUAAAAUGUUGAAUGUAAAACAUUGUAUUCUAAGUUAUUUUUGUCAUAUUUGCACUUUUUUCCCCAAUUUUAGUCAUGCCUGAUUCCACCCAUUAGCUAGUCGGCUAGCGUCUGGGUGAUGGGAGAGACGGAGAACCCUCUUACCCCCCCCCCACCCCCCCAGAGAGAGCGAGGCCAAUCAUGUUCUCUUGGACUCCCAGUUACAGAUGGCUGUCGCAUCACUGGGGUUUGAUCUUGUGAUAACCUGAUAAUAGGGCCAAUGCUUAGACAGCCAUUAAUUAUAUAAUAUAACAUCAUGUAUCAUGAAAACUUAUUGAAGCACCGUGAUAUAACAAUUUUUCCAUAUCACCCACCCAAACACGUUAAACAUUAACAGCUAAACAUUAAAAGCUAAUGUUAGUCGACCUCAUUGGGUAACUUGUCGUGGUACCUACCUUCAUAGGCAUGCAUUUACACAUUAUUUUGUUAAAAAAAUAU